CCCCAGAGAAAGGACUUCGUGAGAGUGGCAGAACAGCAGAGCUGGCUGAACGAUCCUGCGUAUCAAUGCAAAAAUCAUUCCGAGGCCUGUCGAAACCUGAAUAUUGAGAAUGAAGAAUAUCCCCAGAUACCAGAAAUGCGCCCCAAGGCCAUUUUGAUAGAAUGGCAGCCGGUAGCAGUCGAUAGACUUAACCAGAUCCGACAAAAUGGUCUGACCAGAGGAGCGAUUCUCGCAGACGCUGUUGGCCUUGGUAAAUCCUGGGAGGCACUGGCACUCAUGAUGCAUAUCGCCAGAACAGAAAGCCACCAAGGCAAAGCUUUCAUCGUUGUUGUUCCAUAUCGGUUUCUUGAACAAUGGAUCGAAAAAAUACGCGCCUUCACUGAUAUUUUUCGCAUCCGCAUCUGUGGGUCCAAACGGCAGGUCGAAAAUGAAUCAUGGACAGACUGCGUCGAGGAAGAAUUGACGAAGCAGCACAGAAUCUUCAGAGGCGAAGAAUGCAAUCGCGCAGAACCUCUCGUGACCAGCCACACGACGCUAUCAGCCAGGCACGGUCCUUCGGCUGUCAAAGCAUGGUGUGAGAAUAACGGGCGAGUCUAUAAUCAGGACGCACCAGACAUGCCGGCUGAUUGCGAGUGGUCAUUACAAGGUAGAUUCGCAAUGGCGAUAUUCGACGAAGCGCACGUGCUACGCGAACCCGGGUCAAAUUUUUCGCUUGCCAGUCAAUGGUUACAAGCCUCGUUCAACCUGCUUCUGACCGCAACUCCGUUCUUCUGUGGCAUUCGUGAUUUCGAAAGCUAUGCGCUAACUCUGCUUCGGUCAUGUUCUUCCAUUGCAAAUGCUUAUGACCCCACUCGAAUGACUGGCAUUGUUCAUUCUGUAGUUGGUUCAGACGAUGCGGAAAUCUUGUGCAGUAGGGAGUUUGUGUCGAAGCAUGUUAUGGCACCGGAAAUAAAUGCCCGGCAAUGUGAAACUCGCCUUCGUGCUAUACUAAAGCACUUGAUGGUUCGACGGACUGUAGCGUCUUGCGUAUGGCUAGACUCAGAUCGGAAAAUUAGUGCGUGCCACCCAGCAGCAUUAAGGGUACCCAUAAUUACUCCUUUCAAGGACGCAGGACUGCAGAUUUAUCAGUCCUGUGCGAAGAAGUACCAGUACAAUUUUCUUGACCCGGUCCCUGGGCAUUCCCAGCGAUACAAAUGGGGAAUGCAAAAACUCCGUCCAGUUCUUAUGGGAUCAACCUGGAUCGGACUCAUGGCUCUGGAACGGCGCCUGACUUCCCCGAGAUUGAUCUCUGACAUUGAUGCUUUCAAUGACGGUAGAAGCGAGGGAAGAAGCUUUUAUCAGAAACUCGUGCCAGCAGCAACAGAACCGGACGUUGGACGGAGUGAUAGGAACAAAGUUCCUCUAGGAAUCAAGUCAGAAGGGCUCGAUCUUCUUUUGCGCGGGUCACCGAAGCUCUGUUCUCUUUUGCAAUUGCUCAAAUAUCAGGUGUGUCUUCUGCGCGAGAAGGCCGUGAUCUGGACAUACCACCCAGGAGAAGAAAUUUUCGUCGGUGCAGCCCUUUAUGAAACAGGCAUUCCAUUUGCAAUCCUCCAUCCUGACUCCCACAAGUGGAGGAGAGAAAGUAUCAUCAAGAAUCUCACCGCUACAAGCGGCAAUGGAUGCAUGGUUCUUGUUCUUUCGUAUCUGGUUCCCUCUCUGGACUUGGAUCUACACUUAGUGUGUCGGCAGGUUUACCUGUUCUCGCCGCCCCCCUCUCGUGCAGUGUUCGAUCAAGCAAUAGGACGGGUCUUCGCCUUCCGGUGUGGACACACCCGGCGAGUUACUAUAUUCGAGCAUCGGGUUCCCAAUACUCUCGACAUAAAUCUGGACAAGCACAGCAGGUGGAGUGAUUUACCUGGGUUCGAGAUAGAUAUCUGGAAGACUUUGGCGCCCAAAUUCGAGGAGGACUCGUUUGCCGUUGGAAGGUACGUAAUCCGACGCGAUCAAAUUCUGACUCUGGCACCUGGAGAGCGUCCGGUGAAGGACGACAUCAAGGACCCGAGGCAGAUAGUCGCGAAGCUGGAACGUUUGAAAUGGGGCAGAAGAUAA